AUGAAAGCUUCAAACUCAAGUUUAAUUCCAACUGCACAACGGCAUUCGGGUCAAUUGCCUUCGAAUUCACGAAUUCAAACUGAACCACAACAGCAACCAAUACUAUCCUCAACGAAAAAAAUUAAACGAAGAAAAAAAUGUCAUGGUAAUCGUAAACUACAACGUUUUAGAAAGAAGUGUUAUAAACGUGGUCUGACCAAAGAAGAAACACAACACUUAAUUAAUGAAUAUAAUCAUAGUCAUCAAGGUCAAAAUCAAACCAAUAAUCAAAAGAAGAUACAAGCGACAACAAUUGAAAAAAUGGAAGUAUCCAUGGACUUGGAUUCUAAUUUAAAUGGAAAUGAAGCAACAACAUCAAAAUCAAAUAAACGUAAACAACAACAACGGACACCUUCAUCAAGUCAACGAUCAACUUCACAUCCAAUAGUUAAAAGAAUGAAGAGAAACAAAUCAUCCCAAAUUACUAUGACUCCAUUAAAGCCAUGUUAUAAAUUACCAAUCUACUUGAAAGCACAUCCAAAACUACUAUUUAAAACUUUACGUAUACUAUUGAAGCAUACCUUAAAAACAAAAUGUGCACGACAAUUUCUUCAUUGUCGACUUCAAUUAUUCGAUCAAAAAUGUCGUCUUGGGCUUCGUCAAAACUUAUGGCAAUCAUAUUUAAAUUUAGGAUCCGAAAAGGAAGUGUGGCCAAAUUCAGUAAUGAAAAUGGCAAAAACCAAUGAACAUAUAGUGUGCGACCAAUUUGUGAAACAACAUCUCAAUGAAAUGAAUAUUAAAUUUGAUCAAUUUACCAAUGAAUUAAGAAUACAAUUGCAAUCAUGUCCAGUAACACUUUUACCGUUACAGUCCACUCUCGACCAACAUCUUCAAGAAUUUGUUCAAAUACAACAAAAAUAUUUAGCAACUAAAAUGCAAUAUCAACUCAAUCGAUAUCAAGAUAUGAUUACAGAAAUAGACUUAUUCCAAACUUUCUCAAGUUUUCCUCUUACAAGCGAUCAGCAAACAAUGAUUGAUCGACUUAUGCAUUUACAAGAAAAACAAGUACUUUUCUAUGAAGAUCUUCAAAAAUUGGAAGCUCGAGUAACAAUUGAUAUUUUACCUCGAAGUUUCGAUGAAUUAGAAUGGUUUAUUGCAUUUGAUGAUUAUUUUCCUUUAAUUAAAGAUAAUAUUGCUGUUGAAUUUAAACAAAACAGACACAAAAUUAUUCAAGAAUCCAAACGUACAUGGUUUAAUACAUAUAUUGAUGUAUAUGAAAGUCAAAUUGCAGAAGUCGAACAUGAAUAUGAAAUGGAAUUACAUCAAUUCAAAUUAACUAAUUCAAGUCAAAGUUGUUUAAAUAAUGGAAUCACAACUCUGUGUCAAUCUUUUCUUAAUUAUAUCAAUCAUAGGAUAAAUAGAAUAAAAGAAGAGAUAGCCUAUGAAAAAAUACCUAUUUAUAAAAAAAAAUUAUUACGUGCUCAGCGACGUUCAAAAUCCACAAAUAAAACAGUAACUAUCAAGCCGAAUGUCAUUGUCGAUCUCAUUUAUCAUCCAUUUACUGAUACUCAACUUGCUUAUCUUUCACGAGGACCGACAUACAUACGACCUAAUCCAAGUGUAUUUUUUCCAAAAAAAACUCUACAAAAACGAAUUAAUAAAGAACAUGAUGAUACAAUGGCUAAAAUUAAGACAUACAUGUCCAAUUUGAAAGAUCUACCAAACAUACCAUUAUCAUCACCAGUAUAUAAAUCAUAUUCGAAUCAACUUCGAUCCUGUCUAACUCAAAGUUAUAUGACUUUCAUACCAUUAAUCGAUCAAAUACGUGCUCUACGAGAAUUAAAACUUGUUCAAUCAAUUCGAAAAAAAUUAAUAAAAUAUAAACUUAUACUCCGUGAAACAGACAAAAGUGGUGUACUACAUAUUGGUCGUGCCAUUGAUUAUGAACGAAAAGCGGCUGAAUAUCGACAAACCACAGGUGCUUAUGAAGAAUUAACUUCGAAUCCAUUCGAUGAUAUUAUUUGUACUGUAACUCGUCUACUUAAUCAAUUAAAAUCAAUGAAACGAAUAAGUGACUGGCAAAGAAGCAAAAUGAACCCUGUUCGGAAAAAGACAGAAUUAGCUUAUAUGUAUUUUAUUCCCAAACCACAUAAGAAAGCUACACCACUUCGACCUAUUUUAAAUACCAUACAUGCUGCAACCAAGCAAAUUUCUCAAUAUUUAGAUAAAUUAAUUCGACCAUUAUUCGAUCGAUUUGUACGUCAAACGACUAUUGUAGAUGGUGGUGACCUUCUGGAUCAACUUCAAAAAUAUAUUCACAAAGGUUUUUUUAAAUCAACAACUCUCUUCAUUACCUUCGAUAUUUCGAAUCUUUAUACUAUGCUACCACAAGAAGAAUCCUUAGCUGUACAGGGUGGUAAAUAA